GCGGGGCUGAGUCAAUCACAACAAUGACUUCUCGGCUGGAGCCCGAGCAGCGCGGCUGAGCCCCGCCGAGCAGCGGCAGCGGCGGCGGCGGCGCUGGGCAGAGGGGUUGGCUGGGCGCUGCCGCUCUCAUUGUUCGCCGAGGGACAGAACCACGCUGUGAGCAUGUGGAUCCCUACAGAGCACGAGAAAUACGGCGUGGAGCCCCUGGUAUUGCCAACUGCAAGAAGUCGGAUACCAGUUUGGUUCAUUCAAUGACAGUCCCCUGGUUUGGAAUCUUGAGAACCAAUAGAAAAUGCGAUGAGAUCUUUUUGACCCAGUGGAAAUGUGACUUUCUGCUGUACCACGUCCUGUUUUAUUUCUGCACUACAAACUGUUGAACUGGAUCCAAGUGAUAGCCAGUUUUCGAGGAACAGUCCCACAUGGCUUAUCAUUGGAGAUUGGAGACACAGUUCAAAUACUAGAAAAAUGUGAUGGCUGGUACAGAGGAUUUGCCUUAAAAAACCCAAAUAUCAAGGGUAUAUUUCCAUCCAACUAUAUUCACUUGAAAAAUGCGUGUGUUAAGAACAAAGGGCAGUUUGAAAUGGUUAUUCCAACAGAAGACUCCGUUAUCACAGAGAUGACAUCAACUUUAAGAGACUGGGGGACAAUGUGGAAACAACUUUAUGUGAGAAAUGAAGGGGAUCUUUUUCAUCGACUAUGGCACAUAAUGAAUGAAAUCCUGGACCUGAGAAGGCAGGUGCUUGUUGGCCAUCUUACCCAUGACCGGAUGAAGGAUGUAAAACGGCAUAUCACUGCUCGCCUGGAUUGGGGCAAUGAGCAGUUGGGGCUAGACUUGGUUCCAAGAAAAGAAUAUGCUAUGGUGGAUCCUGACGAGAUCAGUAUUACAGAACUCUAUAGGCUGAUGGAGCAUCGUCAUCGAAAGAAAGACACUCCUGUGCCAGCAAGCAGCCACCAUCUUUUUGUGCAGAUGAAGAGUCUGAUGUGUUCCAAUCUGGGAGAGGAACUGGAAGUCAUCUUCUCACUGUUUGAUAGUAAAGAGAAUCGACCAAUUAGCGAGAGGUUUUUUUUAAGACUGAAUAGGAAUGGUUUGCCAAAAUGUCCAGAGAAGCCAGAAAGACAUUGUUCUCUCUUUGUGGAUUUGAGUAGCAGUGAACUCAGGAAGGACAUCUACAUCACUGUGCACAUUAUCCGCAUAGGCCGAAUGGGAGCUGGAGAAAAGAAAAAUGCUUGCAACGUACAAUACCGACGGCCCUUUGGCUGUGCAGUCCUCAGCAUUGCAGAUCUACUGGCAGGAGACUCAAAGGAUGACCUUAUCUUAAAAGUAUACAUGUGCAACACAGAGAGUGACUGGUAUCAGAUCCAUGAAAACAUCAUCAAAAAGCUAAACGUUCGUUACAACCUGACAGGCUCCAAUGCUGGUCUGGCAGUUUCUCUUCAACUGUUUCAUGGAGACAUUGAACAAAUUAGGAGAGAUUACACAUCCAUGUUUACUCAUGGGGUAUCAAUAACAAGAAAGCUGGGUUUUUCCAAUAUUAUCAUGCCUGGCGAAAUGAGGAAUGAUUUGUACAUCACUAUAGAAAGAGGAGAAUUUGAAAAAGGAGGAAAAAGUGUGGCCAGAAACGUGGAAGUGAUGAUGCACAUUGUAGACAGUUGUGGCCAAAUUUUAAAGGAUUUUAUCUCCUUUGGCUCUGGAGAGCCGCCAGCUAGCAAGUUCCAUUCCUUUGUGCUUUAUCACAACAACAGUCCCAGAUGGGCUGAGCUGCUGAAACUUCCUAUUCCUGUGGAUAAAUUCAGGGGAGCACACAUCCGCUUUGAAUUUCGGCAUUGUUCUACAAAAGAAAAGGGCGAGAAGAAGUUGUUUGGCUUUUCUUUCGUGCCCCUGAUUCAGGAAAAUGGGAGGACAUUGCCAGAUGGCACUCAUGAACUCAUUGUGCACAAGUGUGAAGAAAACACAAACCUUCAGGAUUCUAGUCGCUACCUCAAACUCCCCUUUUCAAAGGGAAUUCUCCUAGGGAAUAACCACCAAGCAAUAAAAACCACUAAAGAGUCUUUCUGGAUUACGUCUUUUCUCUGCUCCACUAAACUCACACAAAAUGGGGAUAUGCUUGACCUUCUUAAGUGGAGAGCCCACCCAGACAAAAUAGCAGGUUGCCUCACAAAAUUAAAAGAAAUCGAUGGUUCAGAAAUAGUAAAGUUUCUUCAAGACACACUGGAUACUUUAUUUGGCAUUUUAGAUGAAAAUUCCCAAAAAUAUGGGUCAAAAGUAUUUGAUUCUUUGGUUCACAUAAUAAAUUUGCUACAGGACAGCAAGUUUCAUCAUUUUAAGCCAGUAAUGGACACUUACAUUGAAAGUCAUUUUGCAGGUGCACUUGCAUACAGAGAUCUUAUAAAAGUACUUAAGUGGCAUGUUGAUCGAGUAACAGACAUGGAGAUACAAGAGCAUAUCCAUGAAGUGUUAAAGGCACAAGAAUAUGUCUUUAAAUAUAUAGUUCAGUCUCGGAGGCUUUUCUCGCUUGCUACUGGUGGACAAAAUGAGGAGGAAUUCCGCUGCUGUAUUCAAGAGCUGCUUAUGUCAAUACGAUUUUUCCUUUCCCAAGAGAGCAAAGGGGCUAGCGCUUUAACUCAAUCACAAGCUGUUUUUCUCUGCUCCUUCCCAGCUGUAUACUCUGAGCUGCUGAAGCUCUUUGAUGUGCGAGAGGUGGCAAACUUGGUGCAUGAUACUCUGGGCAGCUUGCCAACUAUCAUGCAUGUGGAUGAAUCCCUUCAAGCUGUUAAACUGCAGUGCAUUGGUAAAACAGUGGAAAGUCAACUAUACACUCAUCCAGAUUCCAGAUAUAUUCUUCUUCCAGUAGUUUUACAUCACCUCCACAUGCAUUUACAAGAGCAGAAGGAUCUUACAAUGUGUGCACGUAUCCUUAGCAACAUAUUUUGUUUCAUAAAGAAAAAUAGCUCAGAAAAAUCCGUCUUGGAAGAAAUAGAUGUGAUUGUGAACAGCUUGCUAGAUAUACUGCUGAGAACCAUAUUAGAGAUCACAAGCAGACCUCAGCCAUCAGGGUCUGCGAUGCGCCUGCAGUUUCAAGAUGUGACCGGGGAAUUUGUUUCCUGUCUCUUGUCACUAUUACGACAAAUGACCGAUAGACAUUACCAGCAACUUCUUGAUAGAUUCAGCACAAAGGAUGACCUGAGAGAUUUCCUGCUGCAAAUUUUUACUGUGUUUCGAAUACUCAUACGACCUGAGAUGUUUCCAAAAGACUGGACUGUGAUGCGUUUGGUUGCAAACAAUGUUAUUAUUACAACAGUCCUAUAUCUUUCGGAUGCCCUUCGUAAGAACUUCCUAAAUGAAAACUUUGAUUAUAAGAUCUGGGAUUCCUACUUUUACCUUGCUGUCAUUUUUAUAAACCAAUUAUGUCUGCAACUGGAGAUGUUCACACCUUCCAAGAAGAAAAAAGUGUUGGAAAAAUAUGGUGACAUGCGGGUAACAAUGGGAUGUGAAAUCUUCAGCAUGUGGCAAAAUUUAGGGGAACAUAAACUUCACUUCAUCCCAGCUCUCAUUGGCCCCUUCCUAGAAGUGACACUGAUACCGCAGCCUGACCUACGGAAUGUAAUGAUUCCCAUUUUCCAUGACAUGAUGGAUUGGGAACAAAGGCGCAGUGGCAACUUCAAACAGGUGGAGGCAAAACUGAUUGACAAAUUGGAUAGCUUGAUGUCAGAAGGCAAAGGUGACGAAACGUACCGAGAGCUCUUCAACAGCAUAAUUCCACUCUUUGGUCCCUAUCCUAGCCUACUGAAGAAAAUUGAGCGGGAAACGUGGAGAGAAAGUGGUGUUUCAUUAAUUGCCACUGUAACGCGACUAAUGGAAAGGUUACUGGACUACAGGGACUGCAUGAAAAUGGGAGAAGUGGAUGGUAAAAAGAUUGGCUGCACUGUUAGCCUGUUGAAUUUUUAUAAGACUGAACUGAAUAAGGAGGAGAUGUAUAUUCGCUACAUCCAUAAGCUAUAUGACCUGCAUCUGAAAGCACAAAACUUCACAGAGGCUGGCUACACACUAUUGCUGUACGAUGAGCUAUUAGAAUGGUCUGACCGGCCAUUGAGAGAAUUUCUAAACUAUCCCAUGCAAACAGAGUGGCAGCGCAAAGAGUAUCUUCACCUUACAAUCAUCCAGAACUUUGACCGGGGAAAGUGUUGGGAGAAUGGCAUCAUCUUAUGCAGGAAGAUUGCAGAGCAGUACGAGAGCUAUUAUGACUACAGAAAUCUCAGCAAGAUGAGGAUGAUGGAAGCCUCUUUGUAUGAUAAAAUCAUGGAUCAACAACGUUUGGAGCCAGAGUUUUUCAGAGUUGGAUUUUAUGGGAAAAAGUUUCCAUUUUUCUUGAGAAAUAAGGAGUUUGUUUGCCGAGGACAUGACUAUGAGAGACUGGAGGCUUUCCAACAGCGAAUGUUGAAUGAGUUCCCACAUGCCAUUGCUAUGCAACAUGCCAAUCAGCCCGAUGAGACCAUCUUUCAGGCAGAAGCACAGUAUCUGCAGAUCUAUGCAGUGACACCAAUUCCUGAAAGCCAGGAGGUCCUGCAGAGAGAGGGCAUCCCAGAUAACAUCAAGAGUUUUUAUAAAGUGAAUCACAUCUGGAGAUUCCGAUACGACAGGCCAUUCCACAAAGGGACCAAAGACAAGGAGAAUGAAUUCAAGAGUCUAUGGGUGGAAAGAACAACAUUGAUCUUAGUGCAGAGUUUACCUGGGAUAUCCCGUUGGUUCGAAGUGGAAAAACGUGAAGUAGUGGAAAUGAGUCCCCUCGAGAAUGCUAUUGAAGUGCUGGAAAAUAAGAACCAACAGCUGAGAACUCUGAUUAGUCAGUGUCAGACCCGACAGAUGCAGAAUAUAAACCCACUCACAAUGUGUCUGAAUGGGGUCAUAGAUGCAGCAGUUAAUGGUGGAGUUGCUAGGUACCAAGAGGCAUUCUUUGUGAAGGAAUAUAUAUUGAACCACCCAGAGGAUGGGGAGAAGAUCACACGCUUGAGAGAGCUGAUGCUUGAGCAGGCCCAGAUUCUAGAAUUCGGAUUAGCUGUACAUGAGAAGUUUGUGCCUCAGGAUAUGAGACCUUUACACAAAAAGCUAGUAGAUCAGUUCUUUGUGAUGAAGUCAAGUUUGGGAAUACAGGAAUUCUCUGCAUGUGUGCAAGCUAGUCCGGUUCACUUUCCUAAUGGAAGCCCUCGUGUAUGUAGAAAUUCAGCGCCUGCUUCUAUGAGCCCAGAUGGUGCCAGGGUAAUUCCUAGACGCAGUCCAUUAAGUUACCCAGCUGUAAACAGAUAUUCAUCCUCCUCAUUGUCAUCACAAGCCUCUGCUGAAGUCAGCAAUAUCACUGGGCAAUCAGAAAGCUCUGACGAAGUUUUCAACAUGCAGCCAAGUCCAUCUACCUCAAGCUUGAGUUCUACUCAUUCCGCUUCACCUAAUGUGACCAGCUCUGCUCCAUCCAGUGCCAGAGCUUCUCCUUUGUUAUCUGACAAACAUAAGCAUUCCAGAGAAAAUUCUUGCCUGUCCCCAAGAGAGAGGCCAUGCAGUGCCAUCUACCCGAUUCCUGCAGAACCUUCACAGCCUAUAAACUCUUGCUUUGCCAAGUGGAAUGCGGCCUCCGUUCCGCGCUGUACCAGAGAUUCACCAAGAGAGCGUGAGGAGCCGCUAUGCCCACUCUCCACUCUCCCAGAGGCUCACCUGACAGAAAAAUCUCCCAAUCUAUCUCUACCUUCAGUGUCCCCAGACAGGAGAAUGCUGUUUAAUCAUAUCGGAGAUGGUGCUUUGCCCCGAAGUGAUCCUAACCUGUCUGGCCCUGAGAAAGCUGUAAACACCACCCCCAGCAGCUGGAGCCUGGACAAUGGGAAAGAAGCUAGGAACAUGUCAGAAAGUGGAAAGCUUAUGUCUCCCCCUGUGCCACCAAGACCCACACAAACUGCUUCACCAGCAAGGCAUGUGGCUUCGGUUUCCCCUUCUCCUGCUGGCAGAUCUCCAAUGAAGGGAUCCAUGCAAUCAUUUACCCCAUCUCCAGUGGAAUGUCAUUCCUCGGGGCUCAUAUCCAACUCCCCAGUCUUGUCAGGAAGUUACAGCAGUGGAAUCUCUUCGCUUAGCCGAUGCAGCACAUCAGAAACGUCUGGCUUUGAAAGUCAAGGGAGUGAACAGACUAUUCCAAACUACAGUGUUUCUGAGGAGCCAAUGAGAAAAGAAAGUAAAACGCCGCCACCUUACAGCGUUUAUGAACGAACUUUGAGACGGCCUGUUCCGCUACCUCACAGCCUCUCCAUCCCUGUCACUGCAGAUCCACCAGCACUUCCACCCAAACCCCUGCUGGCGCGGCCAAACAAUCAGGAAAACAGUAGCCGGAGGACUGAACAGCUUCCUCGGCCCAGGCCUCUUCCUCGGAAAGUGUCCCAGUUAUAAGAAGUCACUUUUAUAUGUACUUGCAAUGACUUCUUUACCGUUUAUGAAAUAAUAUUUAAAAAGAUUUAAAUACAUUUAGUGUAGGCACUUUAAUAUUUUACCCAAUUUUCUUUUAAAUGCUUAUUAAUAUUAUGUUGCACAUUAUUAAAUAAAAUUAAUAAUUUUGAUUGCCAGGUAUUACAGGAAGCAUGAAUGAGAGAAUUUUGUUAAUUUCAAGGUGGUAAAUAUGGAUGCAUAGCUUUUUGAUAUCUUAUGUUCAUUUUUAUAAAAUAUAAUUUAAUUAAAUCUAAAACCCCACAAGCUCUCAUUUACAUUAGUUGUAUGCUUUUUACAAAACGUAGGCUAUGCUAACUGAGCUAAUCACGAGAAAGAAAUGCACGCUUUCUAACAACAUUGUUUGUAGGCUAGGACAUUUCUGCAAGUAGGCUGAAGGUUGUUCCCCUUUCCCCAUGAGCAGGGGGUUGGUCAAUUUGGUGGUGGUGGCAGAGGAAGAGGAGGGGUUUUAAUGCAAGUUACCCCGCAGUAAAAAGUUGUAAGGGCAUGGGUUAGAGUGAGUUCUUGAAACAAAAUACUACUUUUGUGUUGCUUUUUAAGAGUAACAAAUAUCCACAUUUCAUUCAGUGUAGAUCACCUUUCUGGGAAUUAAGUUCAUAGAAUCAUAGAAUAUCAGGGUUGGAAGGAACCUCAGGAGGUCAUCUAAUCCAACCCCCUGCUCAAAGCAGGACCAAUCCCCAAUUUUUGCCCCCAAUCCCUAAAUGGCUGCCUCAAGGAUUGAGCUCACAACCCUGGGUUUAGCAGGUCAAUGCUCAAACCACUGAGCUAUCCCUCCCCCCCUUAAGUUGUUUGUUGAUAAGCUCUUUAGUCCUAUAACAGUAGCUUAUCUCCUGUAUCUGGUGCACUUCUUUCUUUUUAUGGUGCGAUUUACCUUUACUCUUUCAGUUAGCCCAUACAGGGAAAAAAAAUCUCAUUAACAGUUAGUUGGAGGUUUUCUCCUGUCUUUGAAAGUUAACUUAAAAAAAAAACCCUCUGUACCAGAAGAACAAAUAUCCAGAUAUUCUAGAGGCACAAAUGAAUGUGUCCCGUUACUAAGGAUACACAAGAAUCGAUACUGAUUAGUAUCAAAUCAAUGCAGUGAGUGAACAAAUUUAAAGAAUAAGAAUCACUGGGUAUGUAUCAAUAAAUUUUUAAAAGAUUCAGGGCAUUAAUUCACAAUUCUGCACAAAUUAGCAAAAUUCCUAACAGCUCUUCAUGUAUAUUCUUAUGAGUGGAGGUUUUUGUUAUUGUUUGUUUUGUUUUAACUUAGUUGAUCAUUGUCAUCUUUACUGAAGGAAGAUGUAGUAGACAGUUCUAGGUUGAAUUUCACUAGAUAGCAUCCGUAAAGCUAUGGAAAGCUAAUGCCCAGUCGUAGGAGUGUGGAAAAAGCACCUUGUGUAUGUACUUUUCGUAGCUCUCUUUCUUUUUCUUACUGUUUUUAACACUUGGUUGACAACAGAUUUAUGAACUGUAUUUUAAAUCAUGUUAAAAAUAUUCUCCUUUUUUGGGGAAGCUCAUGUUGAUUUUAAUUGUUUGCUUUGUUGAUUGCUUAACUUGAAGAAAGUGACCACUUUUUAUAUUCUCUCAAUGAAACCUUCAGCAGGUAUGUGCUGUUGAUGGUAGCUAUAGAGGUUUUCUAUAAUAAAUGUUCAAGUAUUUUUGUACAUAACUGGUUAAUUUUAAUGAGGAGCGUACCAUUAUGUGAAAAAAGAAGCAAACAGUUGUGUAUGCAGUAAGAUUGUUAUAAUUAUGCCAAAUACUUUACGUAUGGAAAAAAGAAUAUUUGUACAUAUGUGCUUUUAACAAUAAUUCUGCCAUAUUGACUUUACAAUUUUGAAUGUCAGAAAAAAUUAAUAUAUGUUAAAAUAUUUAUGUUUUAGUGAAAGUAUUCAUAACUGAAAAAGGAACAUAUGAAUUUUAGCUUUGUAUCUUGCCUAUUUUGAAGUCUGAAAUUCCUUGAACUAGCUCUUGUUUUUGACUAUAACAUUUUUGUGUCUGUAACCACAUUAUAAAAGAUGUAGAAGGCUACAUAUUUAUGCUGGUAUAAAGAGGUAAUGCCUGAGAUUUAACUAAGGUGUCACAAGUAAGAUAACAAAGCUGCUUUGAUUUUUUUUCUCCUGUGUAGUUUAAUAGAUUGGUUGUCUAGUGCUUGAGCACAGUAUGAAUCAGUGUUGUUUGCUCCUGAAGCCAUUUAUUUUAUUUCUGGCAGUGAGCAGAAUUGUUGAAUUUAUCAUUUGCAUAUAUUAUUGAAGUCAGCUUUGCAGCAAAACAUUUCAUGAGGUUUCUGUUUACCCAGAUGCUCAUAUAGGUUGCUGCAGAAUAAAGUUACUUGAUUAAUCUUUA